AUGUCUGUGGUAUUUCUGGUAAAUUUGACUUCAAACCUUUGUUCUUCAGGAGGAAUUAAGAAGGAGUUGCAAGGAAAAAGGUUGCUGAUAGACUUUACGCAGAGAAAAAAGCUUAGUCCAGAAUGUUUGCAUGGAGUUCUCGGAGUUGUGGCACAUACUGUUGCUGUAUCAGAUAUCAAAUCAGUCAUGCCCAACUUUCAUGUCCUAACCAACCAAGAAGGUGAAACUCCGGCAGAAACCAUCCUCAGAAAGCAUAAAGAUCUUGUCCAAAAGAGUGAUGAAUGGCUCAGUCGUACUUCUAAAUCCUGCUCAGUGGUGGCUGCGCUGGUCGCCGGAGUUGCCUAUGCAACAUCCAGCACCGUACCGGGCGGCAACGAUGACAAGACUGGCAAACCAACCUUAGAAGGACGUCCUGGAUUUGAUAUUUUCGCUCUCUCUGCGCUAAUUGCCCUCAGCUUCUCCGUCGCUGCACUCAUCAUGUUCCUUUCUAUACUCACCUCUCGAAAACGUCCCGCUGAUUUUAUGAAAAAAUUGCCAGUGAAACUUCUUCUGGCCUUAAGCUCAUUGUUUGUAUCUAUUAUCUCAAGGUUCAUCUCUUUCUGUGCAGCGCAUCCCUUUGUGCUUGAGGACAAGUCCAAGACAUCAGUACUCCCUCUCUAUGCUAUCAUUUGUCUUCCUGUUUCCUUCAAAAUUGUAGAGUUCCCGCUUUACAUGGAUCUUUUCAAAGGCAUUUUCAUGAAAGUUCAACAGCCGUACGAUCUGAGACGUAUUUAG